AUGGCUACUCCUUGUCCAUAUGAUUAUGAUCGAAUGCCACAUCCAGAAAAUGGUACUCCUAAUACUGGAGAGUUGGUUGAAUUAAUCUUCCAUAAAUUCAUACCACGCCUAAAUUUUAUUGUACGACAAACAAAAGGAAAUGUCUACAAGAAUACAAAAGCAGAUGAAAUCAACAAAACAAUGAUUCUUGUAACAAAUUUUUUAGAAAACAGGCCAGAAUAUGAUGAUCACGUUGUACGUAUUAUUAAGUUUGCUUCGGAAGAAAGCUUGCGUGGGCAAUAA